AUGGCAAUGCGAGGCAUCGACAGUAGUGCUGAUAUAGAGCCUAAUAUUGAGUCGCACCUACCACCACUGAAUCCUCUGCCACCUCCACCAGCCGCCACUCGAGCCACCGCCCUUCGUGCGGCGGCUUUAACUCGAACUUUUCGCAGUGAACCCCACCUUGACAUACCGCACUUUGUACACGGUCAAGAUCCUCUACAUGUUUCAUCGUUAACAAGAGUACUCUCUGGACUAACACAAGUUGAUUCAGCUUUAAGUACACCAUUUUCAUCCUCAAAAAGAUGUCUCGAUAGCGGUGUCAACAGUUGUCCUCAUCCGCAAGUCGUUGUCGAUGAUAGCGCGUAA